AUGCUGGACCAACCUAACCAAAGUAACCGACUCCUACCCUCCAUCCCCGUCUUCGUCCCCACAAACUCGCCCCCGUUCCCCCACCCUCAUUUCCCCCUGGCAUGCCUGGCUGGCCGGAGGGUGCUUACUAAGACCCACAAGAAGAUGGUCAUUGGAGACAUCACCGACUCGGUGUUCCGGAGCUACGUCUUGACGCUGGGUGAACCCGCCAUGAGUGCGAUGGUUCUGCGCCUCAAACAGGCGGGCAUCAACACGCAAGUCUUGCAGGUGCAUUCCCCUCUCCUGCUUGCUUUCCACCCCAUCCACCCCUGGUUCCCCCUCUCCUGCUUGCUUUCCACCCCAUCCGCCCCUGGUUCCCCCUCUCCUGCUUGCUUUCCACCCCAUCCACCCCUGGUUCCCCCUCUCCUGCUUGCUUUCCACCCCAUCCGCCCCUGGUUCCCCCUCUCCUGCUUGCUUUCCACCCCAUCCACCCCUGGUUCCCCCUCUCCUGCUUGCUUUCCACCCCAUCCGCCCCUGGUUCCCCCUCUCCUGCUUGCUUUCCACCCCAUCCACCCCUGGUUCCCCCUCUCCUGCUUGCUUUCCACCCCAUCCGCCCCUGGUUCCCCCUCUCCAGACUGCUGUCCAUGCAAACCCUGGCCAAUACCCCAUUUCCCUUAUGCUCUCCACCCCCUCUUUCGCUGCUUUCCCUUUUUCUUUGUUGAAUGCUCGUGGUGUCAGGUGCACACGGCACUUGCGAUCCCGCCACACGAUAAGAUGGAAUGGACGUCAAGGGGGCAGUUCGUCAAGGCUAGCCCAGCCCAGCAAAACUUCUCGUCGAUUGCGAUCAACCCUGCAGGGAAGGGAUCCCCGUGGUAUGGCCGUUGCCUUGUGCUGUUUCAUUACAACAAGGGUGGUGAGCUGAGGCGAGGCGCAUAUGUGGAGUACUACACCGAAGACAAGCGACAAUGCCCGUCGACGGGAUGCAAGCGUCUUUUACCCACAGAGGGCGUUGAUAAUUAUGCGGUGAUCGAUGUAGACUGCAUUCUUAGUCUCGUGCACAUUGUACCCUCGUGCGAGGACGAUGAAAUUCGGCUGGCAGAUCCCGAGGUGGCGUCCAACGCGACUGAGUACAUGCGCAUUGCCAAGUCCGCAGGGGAGAUCGAGGAGAGGGAGAUUGAGGUGGCGUCCAACGCGACUGAGUACAUGCGCAUUGCCAAGUCCGCCGGGGAGAUCGAGGAGGUGAGGAAGGGGGGGGGGGGGGGAAGAGGAGAUGAGGGAGUGGAGGGAGGAGGUGAGGGCACUGCCAUUUACCAAUCUCACAUCCUCACCAUCACCUGGCAGGUGGCGAGCGCGUAUGCGGAGUGGAAGGACAAGCAGCAGCAACUGGCUGACGCAAAAGGGGAGCUGGAGGCAGGAGGUGGGGGAGCUGGAGGCGCAGUCAGCUUACCAGCUCCUCACUCUCAUCUCUUCCCCCACCCUUGUCCCUUCGCAUCGCAUUCCACCCUUUUUCACUCCUUCUCGCUCCGUGCAUCAGCCCUGAUGAAGGACAGUGCAUCGGACCCGGAGAUGGCAGAGAUGGCCGGGGAGGAGGUGCGAGAGCUGGAGGCGCAGCUAGAGGAGCUGGAGGGGCGCCUCAAGGUGCUGCUGCUGCCCACCGACCCGCUUGACGCCCGGAACAUCAUGCUGGAAGGAGCUGCAGGGGCGACUCAAGGUGCUGCAGGGGCGACUCAAGGUGCUGCAGGGGCGACUCAAGGUGCUGCAGGGGCGACUCAAGGGUAUGCUGGGAUGUGCUGGGUGUGCUGGGAUGUGCUGGGUAUGCUGGGAUGUGUGGUUGCGUCUGUUGAGUUGACUCUAACGGAGCUGGAGGUGCAGAUAGAGGACCUGGAGGGACCUCCUCAAGGUGCUGCUACUGCCCUUAAUGCCAGGAACAUCAUGCUGGAAGGUGUGGAUGAGGUGUGCUGGGAGGUGGGGGUGUGGUUGAGGUGUGCUGGGAGGUGUGCUGGUCCUGUUUUCCAUACUCCGCUCUCGCCCUCCUCCCCCUGCCCUCCUCCCCCUGCCCUCCUCCCCCUGCCCUCCUCCCCCUGCCCUCCUCCCCUUGCCCUCCUCCCCCUGCUCUCCCCAAUCUGUCUGUCCAUCACCACAGUGCGGGCGGGCACGGGAGGGGAUGAGGCCGGCAUCUGGGCAGGCGACCUGGUGAAGAUGUACGGUCGCUACGCGGACAAGAACGGGUGGCGAGUGUCUCCUGUUUCCUGCACUGAGGCGGAGAUGGGCGGGUUCAAGGAGUAUGUGAUGGAGACAGCGGGCGAGCGCGUGUGCAGCAAGCUCAAGUCAAGAGCGGAGAUGGGCGGCUUCAAGGAGUACGUGAUGGAGAUAGCAGGCGAGCGCGUGUACAGCAAGCUCAAGUACGAGAGCGGGGUGCACCGCGUGCAGCGCGUGCCGGCUACUGAGUCUGCAGGCAGGGUGCACACCUCCACUGCCACUGUGGCCAUCAUGCCCGAGGUGAGAUUUGGGGAGAGGGCCGAUAAGGGUUGCAGGGGGCAGGCAAAUGGAGGGAUGAGCACAGAGUCCUGCCACUCCCCCUGCCACUCCCCCUGCCACUCCUCCUGCCGCUCUCCCUUUCUGCCUUUCUGCCCCCCGCAGAUAGACAAGGUGGAGGUGGUGAGAGGCCCCAAGGACAUGGAGCUCACGGCAGCACUCUCUCCCUCCCUCCUCGCUUCCUUUCCUCUGCUGUGCCCCUUUCCAUCUUUCCCUCACCCCCCCAUGCCAUCAGAUAGACGAGACGGGGUAGAAGUGGUUAUCGACCCGAAAGACAUUGAGCUCACGACGGCGCGGUCGGGCAGGGCGGACGGGCAGAACGUGAACAAGGUGGAGACAGCGGCGGGCCUGUUCCAAAAGCCCACUGGCAUCCCUCAUUUUCUCACUCUCCCCUCCCUCCCUCCCUCCCUCCCUCCCUCCCUCCCUCCCUCCCUCCCUCCCUCCCUCCCUUCCGCCGUUGCCCUUCUCUUCCCCCCCUCACAUUCGCAGAUAGACGAGGUAGAAGUGAUCGACCCAAAGGACAUCGAGCUCACCACAGCGCAGUCAGGAGGGGCAGGCGGGCAGAACGUGAACAAGAUCGACGAGGUAGAAGUGGUGAUCGACCCGAAAGACAUAGAACUGACGACAGCGUGGUCAGGAGGCGCAGGCGGGCAGAACGUGAACAAGGUGGAGACGGCGGCAGACCUGUUCCACAAGCCCACGGGCAUCCGCAUCUUCUGCACGGAGGAGCGCUCGCAGCUCAAGAACAAGAUCCGCGCCAUGCAGCUGCUGCGCGCCAAGCUCUAUGAGCGCAUGCUGCAGGAGCAACAGGACGAAGUCAGCUCUCGCAGACGAUCGCAGGACAACCGGGUGUCGGACCAUCGCACCAAGAUCAACUAUGACCUCGGCUCGUUCCUCAAUGGCGAUAUUGACAACGCCAUCCAGGUGAGGACGGACAAUGCCAUCCAGGUGAGGACGGACAAUGCCAUCCAGGUGAGGACAGUCGAUGCCAUCCAGUGGCACGCAAGGAAGGAGCACAAGGAGAUGGUGGCACUCACUCAAACACAAGAUUACCUUUUCGGCCAACUUCAACAAGGAGCAGAAGGAGAGGCGCCUCAAAAGCACGCAAAGAAGGAGCAGAAGGAGGCGCCUCAAAAGCACGCAAAGAAGGAGCAGAAGGAGGCGCCUCAAAAGCACGCAAAGAAGGAGCAGAAGGAGAUCUCCAUGGUGGUGAUGGAGCAGAAGGAGAUGCUGGAGGAGCUGGCAGCGUCCGUGCAAACCACAGUUUGA